AGCUCAGAAGCUACAAGCGCUAAGCUCCAAAAGCUGGGCGUGGCUGGUGCUGUUGCAGAGCUACAGAGGUGCUUACUUAAGUACUGGAAUCUCUGCUUUUAUCACCCAGGAGACAGUAGUAAGACCAAACCAAAAUGCAACCUACAAGCCCCUUGCAGAAUCUAAGUUAUUGGCUGCUCCUGCUGUUGUGUACAGCUGCAAGUAUUAUGGAAGGCAGUCCUACAGUGAGCAGCCUAGGGCACAUCUGCACUGAGCAAGAUACUGGCCUUUUGGAUCAGCCAACAGCACAGACAUGGCCGAAUGGUAUCAUACCUUACGAAAUCAGCAACCACCUAUCAGGAGAUGUGAGAAGGAAACUGCUCUUAACAAUGCAGGCCCAAGAGAUAACUUCCUGUGUCAUAUUCACACCACACGGAAGCGAGCCCGACUUUGUAUCGUUUGAGACUGGAGAAAGGUGCUGUUCGAACAUAGGGUACAUAGGUCAAGGUAGACAGGAUGUGUUGCUAGGCAACUCCUGCACAGAGUCUGGCUCUGAGAACCAACUGAGUAGCGUCAUACACAUGCUUGUCGGUAUGAAAGAUACGGGAAUUGCAACUGAUGGGAAUCCUAAGAAACGACAAACAUCAGCCAAACUUGAAAGUUUCUCUGCCACUAUUAACCACAAUUGUGAUGCAAUUUGUGGAGGGUGUGCCAUAUUGGAUAAAUCGAACAAUCUAAUUGAGCACCUUCUGGGCACCCCCCAGUACCCAGGACACUAUCAGACCCAUCUGGACUGCACAUGGAAGUUGGCAGCACCCGAGGGCUUUUCCCUGAGGCUAAAUUUCCACGACUUAGACUUGGAGGAACACGACAGUUGCAGACACGACUAUUUGAGUGUGCAGUACCUAAAUGACCAUGGUCAAGUGCUCAGGUCCUCCAAGCUGUGCGGGUCUCCAGACAUGUUGACACUGAACCAACCCACCUCACAUGAUGUCAACAUCAGCAUCGCUGUCUUGCACUUCCACUCUGACAGCUCGUAUGGGGGCAAAGGACUGUUGGUAGGAUACACUGUAAGAGAAAAACCGGUCAACAAAGUUGAUCCCUGCUCGAUGAACAAUGGUGGGUGUGCUGGGGUGUGCACCAGUGAUGCCUUUGGAGACCAUGUGUGCAGCUGCAAACCAGGGUAUCGGCUUACCAGGAGAGGAAAGUGCUUAGAUAUCAACGAGUGUAAGGUGAACAAAGGCGGUUGUGUUCACAAGUGCACCAAUAUUGAGGGAUCUUUUUCCUGCCAUUGUCGAAUUGGAUAUGAACUGAGUCCAGAUCAGAGAUCAUGUCACACUUGCAACUUCACAAUGAACCAGCGCUCAGGGAUCAUCUACCCUACUGGCUAUCCCGUCUCAUACAAACACAACCAAAACUGCCUCUGGUUCAUACACGCAUGGCCUGAGCAUCACCUCAAAAUUACUAUAUCUAACUUUGACACCAUCGAUACAAAUAGGUGCACAGCGGACUUUCUGAAGCUAGAUCCCAGCAAAUUCCCAUACCAGGGCCGACUGUGUGGCUACCAUUCUCACAUUGAGUACUAUGUGCAGGGGAAGAUGAAGCUGAGGUUUCGGUCAAAAAUAGCUAACUCCUAUCACAGUGGAUUUAGGCUGAGUUUUGAGCAGAUGCCAACCAGUCAGUUAAAUAGCUCUGCCAUUGAUUAUGUUAAUGUAGAUGGGAAAACAGUGCCUUAUACAGAAAGAUUAUGGUUAUGA